GCCGCAACCUCGUGACAACUUCUUUUGAUCACAACAGAAAGCACGACGCGCUCCCUCUUAUUGACCAGCAAGCCCUCCUCUCUGCGUCAGCAGCUGUCAAUCCUUCCACAUUCCCCUCUCUGCACUGCCUUCCAUCGCCGACCAGCUCGCUUGUCUGAGCCCCACCCUCACGACACCCUGCAAGGGAGUCGUCGUACCUCAACUAUUACUUCCCAAUUGGUCCUGCCACCUGCAACAGUGACCAAAGAUGGCGGAGACACAGUACGACGAGGUCUUUGAGGAUGACGCUCCUAAGCAGGAGCGGACUGUCCACCGCAUGCGGGCCAAUUCAUCCAUCAUGCAGGUGAACAAGAUUCUGGUUGCCAACCGUGGAGAAAUUCCCAUUCGUAUCUUCAGAACAGCCCACGAGCUGUCACUUCACACCAUUGCUGUCUUCAGCUAUGAGGACCGCCUCAGCAUGCACCGGCAAAAGGCCGACGAGGCUUACGUCAUUGGCAAGCGAGGACAGUACAAGCCUGUGGGCGCUUAUCUGGCUGGCGAUGAGAUUAUCAAGAUCGCAAAGGAGCAUGGCGCGCAGAUGAUCCACCCUGGUUACGGUUUCUUGUCCGAGAAUGCCGAGUUCGCCCGCAAUGUCGAGAAGGCUGGCCUUAUUUUCAUUGGACCCUCCCCUGAUGUGAUCGACGGGUUGGGCGACAAGGUCUCGGCCCGGAAGCUCGCCAUCGCUGCCAACGUCCCUGUCGUCCCUGGAACCGAGGGCGCUGUGGAGAAGUUCGAGGAGGUUCAGGCCUUUACGGACAAGUAUGGCUUCCCUGUCAUCAUCAAGGCCGCCUACGGAGGUGGUGGUCGUGGAAUGCGCGUCGUCCGCGAUGGCGAGUCACUCCAGGAGUCCUUUGAGCGGGCCACAUCCGAGGCCAAGUCUGCCUUUGGCAACGGAACCGUCUUUGUCGAGCGGUUCCUGGACAAGCCCAAGCACAUCGAGGUCCAGCUGCUCGGAGACAACCACGGAAACCUGGUGCACCUGUACGAGCGUGACUGCUCCGUCCAGCGCAGACACCAGAAAGUCGUCGAGAUUGCCCCGGCCAAGGACCUGCCGGUCGAUGUGCGCGACGCCAUCCUGAACGACGCCGUCCGGCUGGCAAAGUCAGUCAACUAUCGCAAUGCGGGCACCGCCGAGUUCCUGGUCGACCAGCAGAACCGGUACUACUUCAUCGAGAUCAACCCUCGUAUCCAGGUUGAGCACACAAUUACUGAGGAGAUCACGGGUAUCGAUAUCGUGGCCGCCCAGAUCCAGAUCGCCGCCGGCGCCACGCUUGCGCAGCUCGGCCUGACCCAGGACCGCAUCUCGACUCGAGGCUUCGCCAUCCAGUGCCGUAUCACCACCGAGGAUCCCGCCAAGAACUUCCAGCCGGACACGGGCCGAAUCGAGGUCUACCGGUCUGCUGGUGGCAACGGUGUCCGUCUCGACGGUGGAAACGGCUUUGCUGGUGCCGUCAUUACCCCAUACUAUGACUCCAUGUUGGUCAAGUGUACCUGCCAUGGCUCCACAUAUGAGAUUGCCCGCCGAAAGGUUCUGCGUGCCCUUGUCGAGUUCCGCAUCCGUGGUGUCAAGACAAACAUUCCUUUCCUCCUUUCCCUCCUCAACCACCCAACCUUUAUUGACGGCAACUGCUGGACCACUUUCAUCGAUGAUACCCCCCAGCUCUUCGACCUCAUCGGCUCGCAGAACCGCGCCCAGAAGCUGCUGGCCUACCUGAGUGAUCUCCUUGUUAACGGCAGCAGUAUCAAGGGUCAGAUUGGCGACCCCAAGUUCAAAGGCGACAUCAUCCUGCCGGAGCUUCUGGACGAUGCCGGAAAGAAGCUGGAUGUCUCAUCGCCAUGCACCAAGGGCUGGCGCAACAUCAUCGUGGAGCAGGGCCCCGAAGCCUUCGCGAAAGCUGUUCGUCAGUACAAGGGCUGUCUUCUAAUGGACACCACCUGGAGAGAUGCGCACCAGUCCCUGCUCGCUACACGUGUGCGCACCGUGGACCUGUGCAACAUCGCCAAGGAGACCAGCCACGCCCUCUCCAACCUCUACAGUCUGGAGUGUUGGGGAGGAGCCACUUUCGACGUGGCCAUGCGCUUCCUUUACGAGGACCCUUGGGAUAGGCUGCGCAGGAUGCGCAAGCUGAUCCCCAACAUCCCGUUCCAGAUGCUUCUCCGUGGUGCCAACGGAGUUGCCUACGCAUCUCUGCCCGACAAUGCCAUUGAGCACUUCGUCAAGCAGGCCAAGGACAACGGUGUUGAUAUUUUCCGUGUCUUUGAUGCUCUGAACGAUAUCGAUCAGCUCGAGGUCGGUAUUAAGGCUGUCCACAAGGCUGGUGGUGUGGUCGAAGGCACUGUCUGCUACAGCGGUGAUUUCCUUAACCCCGCCAAGAAAUACAACCUGCCGUACUACCUGGACCUGGUCGACAAGCUUGUCAAGCUGAACAUCCACGUCCUCGGUAUCAAGGACAUGGCGGGUGUCCUGAAGCCUUAUGCUGCCAAGCAGCUGAUCGGCUCCAUCCGCAAGAAGUAUCCUGACCUGCCCAUCCACGUUCACACCCACGACUCGGCUGGUACGGGCGUCACCUCCAUGGUUGCUUGCGCCGAGGCUGGUGCGGAUGCUGUGGACGCCUGCAGUGACAGCAUGUCCGGUAUGACUUCUCAGCCCAGCAUUAAUGCUCUGCUCGCAUGUCUCGAGGGCACCAACCUCGAUCCUGGCCUGAAUGUCCACCACGUUCGUGCCCUCGACACCUACUGGCAACAGCUGCGCCUGCUGUACUCGCCCUUCGAGGCCCAUCUUACCGGACCCGAUCCUGAGGUGUACGAGCACGAAAUCCCUGGCGGUCAGCUCACCAACAUGAUGUUCCAGGCCCAGCAGCUCGGUCUAGGCUCGCAGUGGCUCGAGACCAAGAAGGCCUAUGAGCACGCCAAUGACCUUCUCGGCGACAUUGUCAAGGUCACCCCGACUUCCAAGGUUGUCGGUGACCUUGCUCAGUUCAUGGUGUCGAACAAGCUUAGCCCUGAGGAUGUCAAGGCCCGAGCCAAGGAGCUUGACUUCCCCGGCUCUGUCCUGGAGUUCUUCGAAGGCCUCAUGGGUCAGCCGUACGGAGGCUUCCCUGAGCCUCUUCGCACAGACGCCCUCCGCGGCCGCAGGAAGAUGGACAAGCGCCCUGGUCUGUACCUGGAGCCUGUGGACUUUGCCAAGGUCCGCAAGGAGCUGGGCAGCAAGUACGGCACUGUCGACGAGUGCGACGUCGCCUCGUACGUCAUGUACCCGAAGGUGUUCGAGGACUACAAGAAGUUCACGCAGAAGUACGGCGACUUGUCGGUGCUGCAGACACAGAAGUUCCUGGCCAAGACGGAGAUUGGCGAGGAGUUCCACGUGGAGCUGGAGAAGGGCAAGGUGCUGAUUCUCAAGCAGCUGGCCGUGGGACCGCUGAGCGAGCACACUGGCCAGCGUGAGGUGUUCUGGGAGGUCAAUGGAGAAGUGCGCCAGGUCACCACCGACGACAAGAAGGCCUCUGUCGAGAACGUCACCAGGCCCAAGGCCGACCCGUCCGACUCUAGCCAGGUCGGUGCCCCGAUGGCCGGUGUCCUGGUGGAGCUCCGCGUGCACGAGGGCUCGGACGUCAAGAAGGGAGAUCCGCUUGCUGUGCUGAGCGCUAUGAAGAUGGAAAUGUCCAUUACCGCCCCCCACAACGGCAAGGUCUCGGGACUCCAGGUCCGCGAGGGCGACUCCGUCGACGGAACGGAUUUGGUCUGCAAGAUCGUCAAGGGCUAAUCCAAGCCUGGGCAUCAGGCUAGCGAGUCGAGAGCUUUUGGUUCGUUGCCAAGUGUGUUGAAGAGAAAGACACUCUUUCCUGUGCUCUAGAUUCCCCCCCCCUUUUUUUUUUCCACGGCGGCGUGAGGAGUGCGCUACGCAAGAUGAUGGACUGGGCUCACUGCCUCAUGUAAACAUCUAAGCCUUGCUGUUCUUUUUUCUGUGGUUGGACAGGCAACACUCAUGGAAAGUGGAAUUUCUCCAGCCCUUCCUUUUAUGCAGGCCAUGCAGAAGAUAUGAUCAAAGGGGAGAAAAAUUCAACAACUUGUGUAAAUUCGAUUAGUACAGUACAAGGAGUUACGGUCAAGGAUCAAUUAAACCUUUCGUUUA